UCACCGAACUCAGAAACUUCCCCCCUGCUUGGGAACAACGAUUCACGCCCAGAGUGUUGGUCACGCAGAAUCCUGCGCGCCAUCAAGGCUGAUGGGGAACCGUCGUGGACGGAAUCUUUCAAGUUCUUUCUUUUGGGUUCUUGGGCCAAUGUCCUCCUCCUUUUCAUACCACUGAGCAUCCUGUCGCACAAUUUGCAUUGGGACGCUGCUCUCAGAUUUGUGUUCAGCUUCGUGGCCAUCAUUCCCCUUGCAAAGCUGCUUGGAGAGGCUACUGAUCAAUUGUCCAUAAAACUUGGCCAGACUUUGUCUGGAUUAUUGAAUGCUUCCUUUGGAAAUGCCGUCGAAAUCAUUAUCGGUACUGCUGCCUUGCUGAAUGGCGAGUUAAGAAUCGUUCAGACCUCGAUGUUGGGAUCUAUCCUUUCCAAUAUCCUCCUGGUACUUGGUUGCUCCUUCCUAGCUGGUGGAUUUUAUCAUAGUGAAGGAUCUUUCAACCUGACAGGCGCACAGGCAUCAGCUUCACUAAUGACCCUAUCUUGUAUAACCCUCGUAAUUCCAGCUGCGUACGCCAGCACCACACUAUCCGGAAUACCAGAGUUUCCGUGUGACAUUCCGGAUGACAAGGGAGGCUGUCCUUCGCCUGGCCUGUUAAUAAUUUCUAGGGGAACAGCGGUACUGCUGCUGUUCGUUUAUUGUGCAUACCUCGUGUUCCAGCUAUAUACGCACCCGCAGUUCUUCCGGCAGAGUUCGACAGGCGAGGGUGAAGAAGAAACUGGCGGCCACAUGAAUAUGAUGGCCGCCACCUUAUCACUCCUUCUGGUCACUGUUAUCACCGCCUUUUGCGCAGAAUACUUGGUGGCUUCGAUAGAAGAAACUGCUCAGCGGUAUCAUAUCCCAAAGGCUUUCAUUGGCGUUAUUCUACUCCCCAUAGUGGGAAAUGCGGCAGAACAUGUGACGUCGGUUUGGAUGGCGAUAAAGGACAAGUACGAACUCACCAUCAGUAUAUGCGUGGGCAGUUCUAUUCAAAUCUCCGCCCUUGUUAUACCACUGCUUGUCAUCCUUGGUUGGAUCGUUGGACAACCAUUAACCCUUCAUUUCGAGAAUUUUGAGACCAUCUUGUUAUUCGUAUCUGUCUUACUGGUGUCAUUGCUGAUCAUGGACGGCAAAACCAACUAUAUGGAAGGCCUUAUGCUAACUAUCUUAUACCUAGUCAUUGCUCUUGCAUUCUGGGUCACCACGGACUAACAGCAGGGUGUUUUUCAUCAACACAGCCCCCGGAAUCACCCCAGUUCAAAAGAUCUGUGUGUUAACAAAGCCUGAGAUCGUAAAGAGAAGCAGGCUAGUCCUUCCCAGCUUACUAGAAUUCCGAAGAACGAUCGUGUUUUUGUUUCUUAUUUAUUUGUCUUCUACAUUGAAUGUUUCCAAAUGCUAUCCUAAGAUACUAAACUAUCUCCUUGGAGUUCUUCAAAUUUACGACGGGCUAUUCGAAUAUUCAUUCUGAUUGCUGCCGUCUCUGCUUGAAGUCAACUCAGGUGCCAGGCGUCAUGAUUUAA